AUGAGUUCACAAGAUAUAUCAUCAUCAUCACAAGAUGCAUUGGUGGAUUAUUAUAUCGAUACUAGUUGGAUAUUAGAUGCUGCAAAUCUUGUUUUCUUUAUGCAAGCAGGAUUUGGAAUGAUAGAAGCAGGGAUGGUGAGAGCAAAGAAUACAAAGAGUAUAUUAUUAAAGAAUAUGAUCAAUACUGCCAUCGGAGCAAUAGGGUUCUAUUGCUUUGGACAUGCGUUUGCUUAUGCGAUCGGUCGUCUGCUGACUGGACAAUACGACCUCGUCAAGGGCAUCAACGGGCUCGUCGCAGGACUAGUCUCAUCGACCGCCGGAUGUGCCUAUAUCGAGCCGUGGGCAGGCAUCGUGGUCGGUGCAAUUGGCGCCAUCAUAUACUAUUCAUCCUCGUGGGUCCUUCUCAACUGGGCCCACAUUGACGACCCCGUCGACGCAGUCUCUGUGCACUUGUUUGGUGGCGCGUGGUCGGUUAUCAGCGUCGCCUUUUUUGCCAAGCACGGACCCGUCCGAAACCCCACCUCGACCAUGCCCGACGGCAUCAUCUAUGGUGGCGGUAUUGGACAGCUCUGGAUCCAACUCGUAGCCGUCACCAUGGCCACGCUCUGGGCCACCAUCAUCUCAUCGAUAUUCUUUCAAAUUAUGAAAUACUUUCAAUGGUUCCGAGUAGAUGUUGACACUGAACUAGCAGGUCUAGAUAAUAUGAAUCAUGGUGGUGCUGCUAUUUUCGAUUUCUAA